ACCCCCCCAUCCCCGUUCUGGUCAACAACACUUUCCCCUGGAAGACUCGCUCGCGGCAAACUUGGCCGACCCUUCGCAGCGCAGAGCACCGACCCGACAUGGAUGCCCUCAGGUCGGCCGGGAGAGCGAUCGUCCGGAGCCCCAGCAUGGCGAAGCAGUCGUGGAGCGCCGGCAGACACAGAAAGCUUCCAGAGAACUGGACAGAUACACGGGAGACCAUUUUAGAGGGGAUGACCUUUAACCUCCGGCACCUCGGCAUGACGCUUGUGGAUCAACCCAAAGGAGAGCAGCUGUCGGCUGCUGCUGUGAAGAGGAUUUUUGCCACGACUAAAGCCAGUGGGAAGAAGCCCCAGAAGGUUUCUCUGAAGGUUUCCCCUCAAGGGAUCAUCAUGUUGGACAGAUCUACCAACAAACUUCUUGAAAGUGUCUCUAUAUACAGGAUAUCCUACUGCACGGUGGACAAGGUGCACGAUAAAGUGUUUGCCUACAUCGCUCAGAACAACCUCAAUGGGACCCUGGAGUGCCACGCCUACCUCUGUUCCAAGAGAAAAGUGGCGCAGGCAGUGGCCCUGACAGUCGCCCAGGCCUUCACAGUAGCCUUUGAGCUGUGGCAGGUGGCGAAGGAAGAGAAGGGGGAGAGAGUGAAGUCUGGUUCUGCGGGAGACGCCAGCAGCAGCUCCCGCUCGGAAAGGUCCAACAGUUUGGGGAGCCUAAAAGGAACAGAUGCAGCGACAGAAAUCCUUUUAGACCUGGACGUGAAGGCGGCUGUGGAGAGUAAUGGGAAGACAGGCGAGGAGCAGCUGGAUAACCACAGGUCCUCUGAGACCAACAACAUCCCCGCCCCGGAAAUAGAAGACGGUUUGGAUGAAGCCUUUUCCAGCUCUGCUCUGGAUAGCUAUGGCUCAUUUCCAGACUGGCAGCAUCGCGUACUAACCCCCAGGUCUUGGACAUUGGGGUGACGCCUCGAGACUGGCUCGCUGAACCUGACUGGAACAGCGCUGACGGAAACACUCGCCACUGCUUCGGCUCAUACAAGGACGACGUGUGAUAUCUGGCCACUGCACAGCAGAGAAGGGCGCUGCCAUCAGAAGGAGGAGAGGCUGUCCUUCCUUUAACUUAAUACAAGCUUCCGAUGUAUUUGACAAGAGGCACCAGUGAGAACACAAGGCAACAAGGUGUGGCUCCGUGAAAUGAAGUGCGGCCUCUUCCUCUUGCUUUUUUGCACUUUUUACGCGCGCAGUUCUUCCUUCUUUGUGGAAACGGCACAGGCCGCUGCAUCUGCGCACCACGGCAGUAACAGCAUCGCGUACUAACACUACAGCUCCACCGCUGUCUCGCUGCAAGCAGAGUGCAGGGGCAAUCUGAACGCAUAAUCAGCAUUAUGACAGCAUUUGUUGUCCUUUAGUUCACUUAAUGGUGUUUUCAGCAUUUCUGGCUUUAGACAUAACAUGUAUGUGUUGGGUAUGUCGUAUAUUUGCAGAUGUUUCUUCAAAGUAUGAUUUAGAACAGAGUUUAACCUGAAGGGCAGACAAUGAACCUCAAGGCAACGGGAUAGUUCCUGUUGUCAGCUGUUAUGCAUUUCCUAAUGACUGGAUAUAAUGUGUAGUUUUUGCCUUCCUCUGCUAACAGAACUUCUUCUGUGUAGAAUCUGAAAAUGUUUUCUAUUUAUUUACGUGCUUGCCUCAAGGCAUGUUGUAAUACACCUAUAUUUCUCCCUGAUGCAAUGAAACUUCAUCUUGAAGGACCGUUUUAAUGUGCUUUUUUUUAAUCAAACAGCUUUGUACAGGAAUAAAAAAGCAUUAUUAAAUACAGAAGUUUUUUUGGCCCCUU